CUGUGCGUCCCCCUAAAAACGCCCCUGUGGCUGACGGAACCAAUUAAAUCCCCACUGGCUGCGUGCUGGCCCGCAUGAGCGCCACACGCCGACACAAACACGCCGCAGCGACGCACUGGCUCGCGGGGACUGGACGGGACGGGACGGGACCGGGACGGGACGGGGACCUCCGGCCCAACUUCAAAAUUGCUGGAACAUCGACAACAGCGAAAAGAAAAGGAAUAAUAAUAAUACCAUUCGACAUUCACGCCGCUGGGGGUCGUCGGGGGGUCGGCGGGGGGUGGAGUUCUUUCCCCCUUCUCUGCGAUCUUCGUCCCGCCCGCUGCUAACCCACCGACACACACGGCGCCGGGGGGCAAAUGGCAGAGCAGCAGCAGCAGCAGCAGGAAGAGGAGGAGGAUGAUGAGCAGCAGCAGCAGCCGACGACAACGACGACCGAGCUGGACGCGCCGGCGGCCGGCCGGACGCGGACCGGGAGAGCGGCGGCGCUUGCCCGGCUCCUGCACCUCGAGUGCACCCGGCUGCUGCAGCUAUACAAAGAGAGAGAGACCUUCCUGUUGGACCACACCCCGGACAGUGGGCGCAUUGUGUCCUUGUCCCCAGACUCGGAGGAGCCCAGCACAGAGGAGAAGGUGCAGUGGCUGCACUCAGCUCUGCGGCAGUGCUUGGGGCUGCUCCACUGUGUCAUUCACAAGGAGGAGGAGGAGUGGGGUGAGCUGGAGGGCGACUACGAGGCCAUGAGGAAGAGCGUCCAGGCCCGACUGGAGUACUUGCUCCACAGCACCAAAGAUCUGUUGCAGACCGAGAGCGGGACCCUGGAGGUCACCCCUGACCACCGAUGUGACGAGGAGACCGAUGGUGCCGGCGGAGCUUUUGGGCUCAAAAUGUGGACCUAUCGCGUGCUGCUGGAGCUGAUCCACUGGGCCGACCAUGCAGCGCAGACCCUCCACAUCUUACACACCGAGAGGGAAGGAACAGAGGAGAUCUAGUUCCCCCUUUUUUUUCAGCCCAGCUACAUCUACGAAUGAACUCACUCAACACUAACUGCCAGCUUUGUCUUUUACUUCAUCCAAAUGAAAUAUUCGGUCAUGCGGAAUAUUCUCUGUGAGAACUAGAGGUUAUGAAUACACUGCUCAACUAAAAUCACAGCUAAGCUGCUUUCAAACAAAGCCCGGUAGACGGCUUUUCCCAGACGUUGGUAUUUCCACAGUAAGUGCUAAAAUGACCUCUAGUUUCCCCACAGUUGCAAUUUCCUUUGACAAAGACGUGAGUGCAGACUCACUCUUAAAUGCAGCGCGUCUGCCCUCCCUAUAAAGGUUGGUUUGCUGCGUGCAGUGGCAGAGUUAGACUGUUUGGAAAUGUCUUAUUUUGUAUAGUGUGUAAUUUAUUUUAUUUAAGUUGGUUUACCUUUUGAUGACUAAAUAUCUGCUGUUCCUAACACUCCAGAAUCUACUAACUGCUAGAAUGUAGCCAAAAAUAUACGACUGUUAAAACUGUGACUGACAUGCAGCUGAAUCUGUAGCCCUUUGCUAUUUUAAUAGGUCACGUAGCUCUUGACGUACCCCAUUAUUAACAUAUCUAAUCUGAAUAAUUCCACAUCAAAUGUAAUGUGUUCAUAUAUAGAGGCUGAAAUGCUUGUAUAUUUCAUAGUUUGACACAAUCUGUGAUGAUCCAAGUGUCAUGUUUGCUGCUCUCGUCACCAGGUUCUCUCCUGAUGUUAUACUUGAAUGUGCUGCUACACUGUUCACAAGUUUCAACUAACGAACAUGUGGCUCUCUAACAUUUUCUGCCAGAUGUUGGAGAACCACUGCAUUAGACUCAUAUUGUAUGGUAGGUUUGUAUUGUCCGUAGCCGAACGUAUCAAACACUCCACACGCCACAACAGCUAACACUGUAGUGUAAAACGCCUGACACAGCAUAGACUCAGACUGCGUGAAUGAGCUGUGACUGGUAGGGUGAAUUUCUAAAUGCCAGGCUCUUCUUUUUAUCUCUGUGAUAAAUAACUGAAUGUGCAUUGAAAAUUAAAAAACUUAAUCUUAA